AUGAGUAUGAUACCGAUUCAGUAUAGCCUCGCGGCUUGGGGUGGUGGCCACGACGGAGAUGUCCGCGAUGCGGAACAGACCGCUUACCUCCACCGAACUCGACACUACCUCCACGCCUUUUGGCCGGAAGAGUGCGAGGAGGCGGGCGACACCUCAGGUAUCGCUUGCAUGAUGGUGCUGGCAAGACACAUGAACAACGGUAUCACCGACUACAACGAGGUUAUCCCGAAUCAGGAGGGUCCCGGAUCGAUCAGACUGGAGGAGGGAAAGCGCAACCCGCUGCUGCGACUGUCAUGGAAGGCGGUGCCCCUGCAGACAAACCAGCAGUACGAGAUGCUCAAGAAGGAGAUGGUUCAGGUGGAUGGCAACUACAAGAACCAAUACUCCUUUGACUUUUGGAACAACUCGGAGUUGAUGAGCAAGACCCUCUGGAACCGACAAGCGUAUCGCCUCUUUGGUUCGAUGAUGGCGAAGAGCGAAACCGCCGCAUGGGAGGCUGCAGAGUCACCCCGAUCCCAAGUCAUCGAGAUCGACAACGCCAGGACCGGAAAGACCGGUUUUGACGUGUUCGCAGCCAUCAAAGAGAAUUGUGGUUCCUUCCCGCUCGAGGAGUCCGAUACACCCCCUCAGCCCGCGACGAAAAGCAUUCUGGACGCUCUGCAUUCCUUCAACGUCGAGCUGCCCUAUGGCGUAGACUUUCCGGAGAAACAGAAGUAUGAGCAGUACAAUCUCACGGCAGCGGUCCGACUCAGAGGAGCCGGUGUCUACCAGGAUGACAAGAGGGACCGCAUCCGACUCUUCGCGGCAGGCGGCCACGACAUCUACCCAGAGGAUCCCUCCCCCUACGCCGACAUGAAGUGGGACAUUGCCGAGUACGGCCACACGUACUGCCUCUACUACAGCCGAACGCGGGCGCACCGGAUGCCUCCUCUCACCGACAUCGAACGACAAAGCCGAGAUGCCUGCGACGCGGGACGAAGAAGCACCGAAUACCGGAAAAUCUUUGAGAUUAUGUCACGCAAGGAAGAGGGCGACAAAACCGUCUGCAUCUACGACAUGACUCAUCCCAAGUUCCGGAAGAACUAUCCUCAAGAGAGGAGGGUCAUCGAUAUGAGCGGCUUCCGUGCCUGGCCCAGAUCGCGGAGGCGGGUCCCUCCCGCCGUCGCCCCAGCCCCCCCGGAGGUCAACGAAGACGCCGAGAUGAAGGAUGCUUCUGGUCCCGCCACCCCACAGGCGAAGGGCAAAGAAGUCGACAUGUACAGCUUAUCUGGCCCCGACAGCCCCGAGGACGACGAAGAUGAAGUCAUGAACGACUCUUCUUUUGCCGACAAACCCGCGCCAAUCAUUCCGCAAAAGCGACCGGGUUCCCACAAGGACAACGAGACUGCUAAGAAGAAACGGAAGGAGGAGGAUACCUCCAAUCCAACGGCACUCAAGACACCCGAGGAGUCCAAGGGAUCCAGGAAGUCCAAGUCGUCCAAGCCGUCCAGGUCGUCCAAGUCUAAGACAAGGAACCGGGGCCGGGAUGCCAGGAUGGCAUUGGGAGACAGUUCGGAUCAGUAG